AUGGAGGAAAAUCAAUCAGAGUUGUUUGUGGGCUUCGAUUUGAGUACACAACAGCUCAAAGCUGUUAUCAUCGAUCGUAAUGGAAUAGUUGUACAUCGCUUCUCCAUCAACUUUAGUAGAGAUUUAUCCAAAUAUGGAACUGUGGAUGGUGUUUUGAUUGCGGAAGACGGCAGAACUGUCAAUGCGCCAGUCCACAUGUGGAUAGAAGCCGUCGAUAUGAUUCUUGAGAAGAUUUCAAAAAACGUGGAUAUGAGUCGAAUUCGUUGUUUAUCAGGAUGCGCACAACAACAUGGCACCGUAUAUUGGGCGAAUGGAUCAGGAGAGCUUUUAUCGUCAUUGGAUUUUAGCAAAUCUUUUGAUGAGCAGCUAAAAAAAUGCUUCUCCAGAGAUGUUUGCCCAAUAUGGAUGGAUUCUAGUACAUUCGAGCAAUGUCAGAAACUUGAGAACAAUCUUAGAGGACCAGAGAUUUUGACACAAAUUACGGGUUCAAGAGCGAAUCUUCGUUUCAGCGGGCCACAAAUAAUGAAAAUUUUCGAAAAUGAACCUAACGUUUGGAAAUCAACGGAAAGAAUAUCGCUCAUUUCAUCAUUUUUGUGUUCACUCUUCAUCGGAAAAUAUGCGAACAUCGACUAUACAGACGGUAGCGGUAUGAAUGUAAUGAAUAUAAAGAAUCAACGAUGGGAUGAGCAAUGUUUAAAAAGCAUAUGUGGCUCACAAAAUAUUGUGGAUUUACAACAAAAGCUUGGUGACAUUUGUAAUCCAUCCAUUGCAUUGGGCACAAUAUCCAGAUACUUGGUUGAUCGUUACGGUUUUUCUUCUGAUUGUAACGUUCUUCCGUUUAUAGGGGAUAAUCCGGCUUCUCUGGCUGCUCUCUCUCUCUCGCCCAAUGACAUUGCUAUCUCCUUAGGAACAAGCGACACUUUAUUCUUCACGUCUUCGCAAUACAAGCCUUGCACAGAUGCUCAUGUUUUCAGCCACUUUAACGGCUCUGCAAAUGCAUUUAUGGGGCUCGUAUGCUUCAAGAACGGAUCCUUAACAAGAGAACGAAUACGUACGAAAACCGGAUUAUCUUGGAACGAUUUUGGGAAAAUUCUGGACGAAACACCGGUCGGAAAUAAAGGUUUAAUCGGGAUAUUCUUCGAUUCUGAUGAAAUCGCGCCAAGAUGUCGACGAGGCGUUUACUACUUCGACGAAGAAAAUUGCCAGCAAUCAGAGAUAACAAUUAAGGAGAAAGCUAGAGCAGUUAUGGAAAGUCAAUGCUUAUGGAAAAGAUUCUAUGCUGAACGAAUGGGAUGGUCGAGAGCAAGACAGGGACGCUUGAUGUUAACGGGAGGUGGAAGCAUCAACAGCCACAUGCAACAAAUCUUGGCAGAUGUAUUUGGCAUGCCUGUCUAUACAAUUAAUGAAAUUGAUUCUGCAGCUUUGGGAGGAGCGAUGCGAGCUAGAUAUGAUUUCUGUGCACCGAAGAUGAGCUACGAUGAGUACAACAGACAGGAGCUUAGUAGAGUGGCUGAGCCUAUUGAGCUGAACCAGGAAAUAUUCGAUAAGAUUUUUGAUCGCUACGCUGAUGUUGUGAAUAAAUUAAGGGAAUUUUCGUAUUAG